CCCCCGAAAAAAAUAAGAACAUAACAAGAAUGUGCAUGAAAUAGUCAUCUAAUAGCAUAGCUGCAAAAUAAAAAAAUAAAAAGAAUCCACAAGUAAUUGCAGUGUCAGCUGCGAAGGUGGAAGCAAAUUUCUCAACAGGCUGAUUUUAAUCCUGAAGGAUUGGACUCCGGCUGCUGCCUGUCUCUCAAUCAGCUCUCCAAUAGAGAGAGCACGCAGUCACGUGACUGCUACGGCUUCCUCCAUAUGACAUCACUGCCUUUGCAGCCAUAGCAGGAAAGAAAGGAUGGUGUCUGGAAUUUGGGGGUUGAACUAAACGAUGUUGCAUUGCAGGUAAGAGGAGAAAACCCUCCAUUAACACCACUUACUGGGCUUUUGCCCUUCUGGCUUUGUUUUGAAAUCAACCUCUGUCGAGCAGGUUUCCUGUUUUUGUAAAUAAAAACGUGGCACGGUCUGUGUUGGCAGGUGCAAAGGCUGUUUUGCUUGUUCCCCAGAUCUUCCGGCUGGAGAGUUCAGGAGCUGUGUUGUCAGAUGGGGCGUUUUUUAAGCUGAAGGAGGCAAUCCGUUGUCAGUGUUUUAACAUAUAUUUUUUUAAAAAAUGAGCAAGGUACAAUUUCAUUAGGGGGGCAGGAGAGGAGCGAUUGUAUUACCAACGCAGCUAUGCAGCCUUUACAGCAUAUUGAUGUCAGCGUUUGCAUUACAAUGUAAAUUUUCCCGUGCUUUUAAGGGAAGUGUUAGUCAUCAAAUUUCUAGCGUAAUUCAUUCUGUUUGUGAAUUCUAGUUAUUUUUGUCUGUGGGGAAUUAACACCCAGUAUUCAGGCAUGCACAGAAAUGUUUUGGGAGUGGGUGGGUGUGCUUAUCUGCUACAGCUUGUCACACUGGAUAGGGAGAUAUAGAAAUAUAAUUUCUCUUUUCUUUUCAAUUCCUCUGUAGCUAUGAGUACAUUAAUUGGCUUCCAUUUUCCGUUUAUGUGAGAGUUAUGCCUUUUAUAUUAGUAAGGUAUUUGGGGAUGUUUGGAAAUGGAUUAACUAGAGUGAUGGCAGUUGUUGGAAAGGGUCAAAUAUAAAAGAGCAGUAUAAGAAUGGAACACUGGAACAGUUUUCAGUUUCUGUCAGGACAUGGUGAAAUAUGUCUCUCCCUGAACAAAAAAGGAUGACUCAUGGUUAAAAUGCAAGCAGCUCUUUGGUGUUGCAUGCUUUUUAUCGCUGAAGAGUUUCCACGCUAAUUCUUCUCUUGGGAAUUUAAUAUCCUCACAUGUUGUACUGUGUCACUAGCAAAUACCCCAAUUGCUGUCAUUUGUUAAUAUUAAUAAUUAUUAUAAGUACUAAUUUUGUCCUGAUACAUAUGAUUAUUAAUAACCCACUAAAUGCUAUAAGAACUCAUUCUUAAUGUCAAUAUGUUUAUCCAAACAAAGUCUGUGUCUAUCGGCAAUCCGUUCAUAUGUUGCAUCUGUGGUCCUGUUGUUGAUCCAUUGAUUAAACAGAACCAAAUCUUUAUUCUUCCAGUUCAUCAGUACCGGUCUCUUGGCCACAGUUAGGGCGCAUAGAAUCCAUUUUCAUUGUCCAGUAACCAAAUUGCUGUCAUCUGGACCCCGAAUGCCCUGACAGAAAAGUGAGAACCCACUUCUUGUUCCUUAACACUGAAAAGGAGAUCUUACACUGGCCUGGGCCUAGACAGCAGAAACAGAUCCUUCUUAUAACCACAUCUAUUCCAUACUCCUUCCAAAUCCUCUAUUAAAAAGUAUUGCCACUUGGGUAGUGUAUACACAACAGGCCCUUCUGCUCUGUACCAGCCUACUCCUGGAAUUAUUUCAACCGUGUAUUAUUACCUAGCUUAGUUGUCUUCCCACAUUCAUAGCAAAUAAAGCGCCUUGCAUUCCUUGAUCACUGAUGAUGGGUUGUAUAUUUGGUCAGUUCACUGUGGAGAAGGAAGAAAUUGAAUUCUAUUGUUCUAUCCUGCUUUGUUAGCCUUCGAUUUUAUCUUUGUACACUUCUUCGAAAUUCAGUAAUGUUAAGAAGUGCAGAAGUGUUUUAAAUAAAUGCUUGUAAAGCACAACAGAAACAAUGCUAAUUUUCCUGCCAACAUCUGAGGCAAGUUCAGUUGGGACAUGAGAAAGGACAUUCUUAUGUUCAGUGGGGACAUGAGAAAGGACAUUCUCUCAGUGUUCUGAGAAAGGGCCAUUUAUCAGACCUCUGUUGGCAAGCAAAUAUCUUUUCUUAUUUAUUUCUAAGAUUUCUUUCCUGCCCUUCACCAUAAGGUGUGAGAAUAAGUGUGGGUUGCAACAAUAAAACCACACAAUUAAAAACAACAGGGGAAACUGUUUAUACAAUUAUUAUUUUUUAAUCAAGUAAAAGAAUUCCAAACAGAAGCAGUACAUAAUAGGUAAAAGUAACAAACCAGAUGAUGUGCAUCCCAUAAAACUACCUCUUAACUGUCAAAGGCCAGGAUAACCAGAUGCAUCUUCAGCAUAUGACAGAAAAUGAAUGAUGGUGUUAGAUGCACCUCUCUGGGGUUGGCGUUCCAUAGGAGAAGCCCUCUCUCAGGGUGUCAUUCCUUGCACUUAUGAGGAUGAUAGAAGUAUCAAGAAAGCCCCCUCUGCUACUCUUAAUAUUAGAGCACCUUCAUGUUUCUGCAGGCCUUCGUUUUUUAGACAUGCCUUUGGCCUCCUGAGGUGACCCUCACACACACUUUUUCUGUGCUUUUAGUGUUUUUGAUUUUAACUUGUAUUUAUGGGUUGGGCUCCUCGGGUGUAAAAGGUGUGGGGUCUGAACUAAAAUGGACUAGAGGGUUCUCAAAUAGAAGGGUGUCCUUGGACAACCACAUGACCGCUCUAGGAUGUGGCAAUGGAUCUGCUCCUCUGCUCCGCCACGAUCCCACAUAGGAUCGUUCUGUAAAACAUAACCAAGUUUGAUAAGAAAACAGUUCUCUCCAUAUUUUUUAAGGUCGGGCUUCUUCAGAAGCGCUAGAAGAAAGGAGAAGUAUGAGAAAGGGUAGAAUACAUGCCUUGCAUGCAGAAGACUUCGGUUCAAUCCCCAGCAUAUGCAUGUAGGGAAAUUCUGGAGGCAACUGACAGUGUGUACAAAAUGGAGAUGGUCUGAUAUAAGGCAAUUUCUUAUCUUCCUAGAAUGCCAUUUUUUCCCAACAUAAGAAGAGCCUGGCUGGAUCACACCAAAGACUUACCGGUACCUAACCCUGUUCUGAUAGGCUAACCAGACACCUGUGAGGACUCCACAAGCAGGUUCUCAGUGCAGCAGGAGAUCUUCCGCACUGACUGGCAUGUUGCCUUCAACUGUGGAGAUAGAACAUAGAUAUCAUGAUUAGUAGCUAUAUCCUCCAUGAAUUUGUCUAAUUGUCUUUUAAAACCAUCCAAGCUAGAGGCCAUCACUACAUUUUGUGGGAGAAAACUCCAUGGUUUUAACUAUGUGCUGUGCAAAUAAAUCCUGUUGGCAGGCCGGAGCCUUCUAACAUUCACUGUCACCUUGGAUGUCCCCAGGUUCUAGUAUUAUGAGAGACUGAAAAAAAGAUACCCCUGUCCACUUUCUCUACAGCAGACAUAGUUUUAUCAACCUCUAUUGUGUCCUCCCUCACUCUACUUUUUUUCUAAACUAAAAAGCCUUGAAUGUUUUAACCUAUCUUCAAAGUGGAUUUGCUCCAGCUUUUUGAUCACUUUGGUUGUUAUUUUCUGAAACUUGCCCAGCUCUACAAUAUCCUUUUUGAAGUGAGGUGGCCACAACUGUCCGCUGUAUUCCAAAUGUAGUCUUACUGUCCAUUUGUAUAAUAUUGUUAUGAUACCGGUAGUUUUAUUUCCGUUCCGUUCAGUUUGCCUUUUUCACAGCUGCCUUUUUUCACAACUGGGUGGACAUCUUAGGGCUUAAAGAUGUUCUAGAAUGUAUUAUUUUUACCUUUCGAUAUUUCCUUCUGAAUUACUGGAUUUGCUGGAUCUUGCUCCCCUUUUCCAGCUGAUCCAAAAUGGCAUCCUUGGAUAGCUAGUAGUAAAGAACAACUUCAAACUCAUUCUAAGCCUGUUCUACAACACAAUUGGGUAUCGGGCUAAUGGAAAUCUUUGGGUUUCCUGACCAGGGUGUGUGGAAUGUGUCUGCAGCUGCAGCUUGAGAAAGUUGGGUGUGAGCACGGUGUUGAGUUCCUAGGCUGUCACUGUUGCAGGAAGCUUAUAAGCUGAUAGCUUUGAAACCUUACCAACUUUUCAGGUUGCUACUAGCUCAGCCAGACUGGAUAUGCAGGAUUUCUUCGAAACUCUAGCACAGCCUUUUGUAGAACUGGUGCCCUCCAUAUAUUUUAGACCACAGCUCCCAUCCCAUCAUCCCCAGCCUGCAUAGCUAUGGUGGCUGGGCCUGCUGUGAGGUAUAGUUGAAUGCAUCUGCAGGGCACCAAAUCCUAAAAUACAUUCAUUCUUUCAGCCAAAUUCUUCUUAUCGGGUAAAGACUGAUGAACAGGUUCUUUAGUUUUGAAAACAGUGGCAAUAAUGAGCUCAAAUGAAACGAAGUGUCCAGUCUAGCCACGCAGAAGGUGCUAGAAGGUGCCUGGGGGUGUACUCAAUUUCAGUGUCAACCAAACAACAACCAAAUAACGAACUUAGAAAUAGAUUUUUAGAUGUUGUAGAAACCCAGCCAGAUGGGGUAUAAAUAAUAAAUUAUUAUUAAUAAUUGGGUUGCAUGAGGGUAUCAAGAGCCCACCAGCACCAACAGCAGUCCUUACAAUCACUUCUAGGUAUGGCCGUUGUCAUUGUUCACAAAAAGGUGAAAUCUGAAUAAUCCCUAAGAAUAUUUUUUUAAAAAUUAAAUUUCUCUACUUCCCGAGGAUCACAGGGUGGUUUACAACACAAAAAUAUAACAUAGUAACAAACAAAAACAAUACCCCCCCCAGUUUAAAAGACCAUAGAUCUUUAGGCACCAGGCAAAAACAUUCCUCUUCUCCCAUGCCUUAAUUGUUUAAUUAAGGCAUGGGAGAAGAGGAAUGUUUUUGCCUGGUGCCUAAAGAUAUGCAAUGAAGGCGUCAGGCGAACCUCCCUGGGGAGAGCGUUCCACAAUUGGGGAGCCACCUCAGAAAAGGCAUGUCCCCAUUUUGCUGCCCUCUGGACUUCUGGAACACAAAGAAGGGCCUCAGAUGAUGAUUGCAGGGUCUGGGUUGGUUCAUAUGGGCAGAGGCCGUCAUUGAGAUAUUGAGGUCCUGAGCUGUUUAAGAAUAAUAAUAAAAACAUCUUUUUGAACAUGCUCAUUACAGAUUGGCCCAAUAUACUAUGAAACACAUAAAAUACUUUAAAAGUCUCCUUUCAGCCCCAUUCCUGCCCUUGUAGAUCCUUCAACCCUCUGGAACAGAUUGACAUUGUUGGAAUUCACCCUUGUGGGCUCUUUUUUUUUUUUUUUGCCAGUGAGCAAAACACGUCUCCCAUGCUAGUCAGUAAGUCGGUUCCAAUAAUCAAUAUAUGGCCUAGUUUGCCAAGCAAUUGAUCACAUGGUUUUCUCCUUGGAUAAGUAGUAUAAGAUCAAAUCAACAGAUUCAAUUGAGAUUGCCAUUUGCCUUCCAUGAAAUGGAAAUCUGCAACUUGUGAUUUUAGAGAGUGCAGAAGAGAAGGGGGAGCACGUGCACAAAUCUUCUGCUAAUGUGAGUAAAAUGCUUGUGUGCAAAGUUACUUGUAGGAGUGAGAAACUGAUUGAAGAUACUAUGGACUGCAGAAUAAUCAGUUGUCAAAGGGCAGAGACAUGCUUAUAAAGAAGAUAUUGCUCAAAUGCAAAGGCUAGAAUACAGAGGGCUAUUUUAGGCAUGCUCAGUAGAUUCCUCACCCCACUUUUUCACAUCUGUAUGUGAUGCUACAAAUGUCUAUUUCCCCCCUCAAUUACAAAAGAGGUUUUGUUGUGUGCCACAGGAAACUGCUCUGCGAGAAACACAAUUCCAGAUCUCCCCUGAGCAUGUGGAACUAGUUGCAUAAUUCUUUGGAUCCUUCAUAUUAUGUUGGGUAUGUCUGCUCAGUACCCACCUUUCAUUAGGUCUUUAACAAACUGAAAUCUAUUGUACAGUGGGAGAGUGAUCAUUCAAGGUGGAGUUUCAAAUUGUGCUCUGGACAAGAAACUGGGAUCAGACUAACUGUGUGCCAGUGACUCACCUGGGAUCAUUGACUUGGUCAUUGUCAGGAGUAACAAAGGAAAUAGAUUUUAAGUUAUUUUUCUCGUAUUGAUCAGUCCUAUUCUUCAAUUCUAUAAUGUUCUCUGUUUGCCUGGGGUGGUGAGAAUGACAGGAAGAGGUACGUGAGGAGUAAAUUUCGGAAUUUUGAGCCAUGGAACUUGUCCCUUUAUUUUCCUUACAGGUACUAAUAUGGUUAAUGCUGGAAACAUGAAUGGGUCUGGAAAUUUGAUGGAUUUCUUGGAUGAACCUUUCCCCGAUGUUGGGACAUAUGAAGACUUUCAUACCAUUGAUUGGUUGAGGGAGAAGUCACGUGACACAGACAGGCAUAGAAAGGUAAGGGGAAAAAAUAUUUCAAAAGCAGGGAGCAUUUCAGAUAGCUAAAGUGGUAGAUUAUUUACCCCUACACACCCAAACUGAUAGGUCUGACCUUUUCAUAAACCACUUUAAGAUUAUAUUACAAUCACGUGUAUAAAAUGUUACGAAAUAAAGAAAUCAAAAUGACUGAAGUAAUACUUUGAGAAAAGGUUGAAGGAACUUGCCAUCAAAGACAAGUCACAUUUCAAAAUCCACUUCUGGAGGAAUAUGAAUCUUUAGACUACUGCAGGGAUUGUCAACAUGGUGCUCUCUGAAUGUUUCUGGUCUACAACUCUGAUGAUGGUGAUAUUUUCAUUAUUUAUACCCCACCCAUCAUCCCUGAGUAUUAGCCAUGUUGGCUGGGACUGAUGGAGGUUGGAGUUCAGCAACAUCUGGAGGCACCAUGUUGGCAAUCCCUGUCUUUCUCAAUGAUUAAAUUAUUCUUUCAAAAUAAUGUAUACAGUCAUACCUCGGGUUAAAGUCACUUCAAGUUGAGUGUUUUCAGGUUAUGCUCUGCGGCGACCUGGAAGUAACGGAAUGCAUUAUUUCCGGGUUUCGCCGCUCGUGCAUGUGCAGACGCUCAAAAUGACGUCAUGUGCAUGUGCAGAAGCAGCGAAUUGGGUUGCAUUCUUCUCAGGAUGCAAACGGGGCUCUGGAACAGAUCCCGUUCGCAUCCAGAGGUACCACUGUACUGCAUUAUGUGGUUGUCUGUUAAGGGAAAGACCUAGAAGAAAAUAAGCAUCUUUUGCCUUACAGCAAGACAGACUAUCAAAUAUCAGUGUCCAAAUUUCAUCAAGGAAUCCUAACUUCUCAUGCAUUUAUGUGAACCAAAACUCUGCUUUAAUUGUAUUCCAUGCAAAUCCUGUAUACAAAUUUGCAGUGUAAACAAAUGCAAAUAUUAUGCGAUCAAAGCAUACACAUGUUGUUGUUUUUCUGUUGGGCUGCUUGGUUAUAUAGAACUGUACUAUAUAAAAAUUGCAUAUCUUUCAACUAAACACUAUUUUCCCCCUUCCAGAUUACAAACAAAAGCAAGGAGUCAAUAUGGGAGUUCAUCAAAAGUUUACUAGAUGCCUGGUCGGGAUGGGUAGUGAUGCUUCUUAUAGGACUGCUGGCAGGUAUUUUCAAGAAAGUCUUAUGCUAUGUUGACCAAUGUAGACAUUCUCAGCUUCCCUAUGAGGGCAUCUGCAUAAAUUGAGUUUAUGCGUGCGAUCCCUAACAUUUCAGCAUGCCGAAGGGAAGAUGUAGCUAUGCUUCAUGCUUUGGGAUAUGUGUGUAAAAUUGCAUGCUGAACAUUGACCUAGAUUUUUUUUUUUAUUAACCAGAAAUAGGCGCUCUCUGUGAAAAUAUUCCUGUGAAUGGAAAUGCUUUAAUGAGCUCUUGUUUUGUUGACACUAAUAUGCCCAUUUCUUGGCCUUGACUAAAUUUAUGCUACAAAAAUAGGCAUUAAUAAAAGGGAAGUUGUAUCACUGGAAAUGUGGAAUCACACUUGUAGCUCCCUGAAUGGAUUAUAUUCAUCCUCUUUAUCUAUGCUUUUAUUUUUCAAAUGCCAAAAACUUCGAUUUCUGUUCCAGAUGUAGACCCAAUAAGAUUUUACAAACAGAUUUCAACUAUCACCAGGCUUAAUUGCUGGGAACAUUUUAGGUGAAGCCAUAAACGGUGAGGAGGAAUUAGAAGUAUGUUUUUUAAAAAAUCGCCUGAGCCAGGUCAUUUUAUAGCUAUUUUAUUUUCAGGCAUUUUCCAGUUUACUAGCAACUCUGUUACUAACUGGUGUUUUGGCUUACUAUCAGUUAAUAGGCCAUAUAUUCUCAUAGUACUGCGAUGACUGAAAAAGUGUAAAGAAAAGCAAAAAAUAAAUAAAUCCCUGAAUUAAAAUUGUUUGCCCAGGAAGGGCUUUUGCAUGUGAACAGAACUUUGGUGUACAUAUGAAACAAGUUUACCCUUCAUUACCAGUGUCCGUACAGAUCCAAGAGUGCAGACCUUUAACUGUUUUCAGUGUUAUGGUGAACAGAAAAGCCUAUACAGUUUUGGAUCUCUUUGGGUGCACCAGCAAACUGAACCCAAGUGUUGGAGAACAUAUUUGGCAAAUUACUGCUUCGUAAUUUUUGGAUUGGUCUGUAUAAAAGUAUUGCAACACAGUCCCAGUACUGCAUGAUUCUUUAGCUACCACUGGAUGUCGCUGUUGUGCUAUAUAAUUUGAAAAAGCUAUCAGAUCAGAUGUGUGCCAUUGUACAUUUUAGUUGUAUAGUGUAGGUAAAUUAUACCUUCUGGUCUUCACAAUGUAAGUGACAUCCCUUAAAUCUUUUUUUUUAAAAUGUUUUCCUAUUUUAAGUGACAGGGCAUUGAGACUAAUAAGCACACAAGAUGCUUGCUUGUUCAUCUGGUGGCCUGAUCCUGGCAUGAGACCUGCACAGUAGCCCCACCACCAGUUUUGACCUCGGUUUCGACCCCAUUGAUUUUAUUGGCACAUGGAGCAGUCUAGACAAGAACAUAUUUACUUGCGCUGCAAACAUACUCUUGUCUGGCCGAAUGAGCUUGCUUGUGUGCGAUUAGGGGAGCCUGUUGUUUAGAAAUUCUCUGUGCUGAGCCAAGAAAAGCAGAUGGCAUUUAAAAGGAAACAUUGCACAGUAAACUCUACAGGAAGGUAAAAGAGAACUUCCCUUUAUCUUCUGUUUUCCCAGGUCUCUCUCAACCCCCUAAUGUGCGUUUUAAGGACACGUGUUCUUGAAAUGGCCCCGCAGCCCUGAGACAAUUUUGUGGAUAGGGAGUCAUAAAUUACAUAUACAGUCGGAGAGUGAGAUAAACUCUUAUUUUGGUCACCACAGGGUGGUGAUUCAACAUAGAGUUGACUGUGAAUGCCACCUGUUUAUGGAUUGAUUCAUAUUUAUGGGUUUUCUGUGAGAACCACAUUCAUUUCUCGUACAUUCAAAUGUCUGGGUUUUUCCCUUAGACAUAUACUUCGUGUAUUAAUGUCUGUCCCCCCCCCCCUUGCCAGGCACAUUAGCUGGAGUUAUCGAUUUGGCGGUGGACUGGAUGACAGAUCUGAAAGAAGGUGUCUGUUUAUCCGCAUUCUGGUACAGCCAUGAGCAGUGUUGCUGGACAUUUAACGAAACUUCUUUUGAGGACAGGGACAAAUGUCCACAGUGGCAAAAGUGGUCUGAACUUCUAGUUAACCAGUCCGAGGUAUGUCUACACCUUUCAUAUAAUUUUCACUGUUCUUCCCUGCACAGUUAAUAUUUUAGCAAGGAACUCUCAUUAAAAUGUGUUCUGCUAAACUUGAAAGGAGCCCUGGAGAGAUUAUUGGUUUGCUGAAGGAAGGAGAAAGAAGGUGUGCUUUGUCAUUGAAGUCUUAUCUAAUUAGGACCAAGGCAAGUUAGUUCAAAACAAUAUGGAGCCUGCAAAUUACCUGAAAUUCACAGGAGAGGGGGUGUGCCACUCACUGUGCCUGCUUCUAUGACUUGAACAUGUGCAAAGUUUUGCUCAUAAGCACAGCAGCUGAGACGAUGCCAUCUUUCAUCUGCAACCAACAUAAUCAUAUUCCACAUAGUUUUAAAGUUGUAAUUCGACUAAUUAAAUUACCUAAUACAGGACUCCAGCACUAUAGCCAUGGCACGAUGCUGGCUCUCAUGGAGUUACAGGGUGUUUAAGAGCAUUAUUGGAAUCACUCUCCUCGUUCACUUACGUACAUGUCUAAUGCUUGGUGGAACCACAGGGACAUAGAAAGCUGCCUUUGUCCAUUAGUCCAUUUGGCUUAGCAUGUCCUGUGCUGACCAAAAGAGACUCUCCGGGGAUUUGAAUGGCAGGCUUUCCCAGCCUACCUGAAAGCACCAGGGAUUGACCUUGGAACCCUUUGCAUGCAGAGCAUGUGCUCUCCACCACUGAAAUAUGGCUGCCUCCCUUUCUAAUUGCUAUUGUACGAACUUUAUAUCCUCCUGUCACUUUUAUGAAACGUUUGCACUAAGAAUGGAAAAUUAUUAGCUUUAUGUAGGCAAUCCUUAAAGGGCAGUGUCUCGGAUGUAAUAUUUUCAGACUCUUCCUUAUCUGCGCCUGAUGAAUUCUGCUUGUCAUAGCUAAUGGAAUUUGACAGAUUGAAGACAUGGAUAUAGAUGGAUAUUUUUGCAACACCAUUUUACCCUGAGGUUUCGUGCCUUUUCGUGGCUUCAGAGCUGUUUGUCACUCUGCAGUUAUGAAUUCUGACACCUGUCAGAAUUGUCUUAAUUAGUGUGUGUGUGUGUGUGUGUGUGUGUGUGAGAGAGAGAGAGAGAGAGAGAACACCACUAUAGCAGAUGCCUGGUGUAUAAAAAUAUUGAAGCAAAUCAGACAGCUACCGUAUCCCGUGUUCCUUCUGUUUUUCCUUCUGCAUAACGGUACUCGCUAAGCCCACAUGGAUGUAGCUGGGGGGUGGAAGGGUGGGCAGGGGAUCAAGUAAAACAAUAGAAAUACUUAACUAACCAACCAAUCAGGUCAGUUCUGCCCCCUAACAAAAACCCUGGCUACGCCCAUGUAAGCCCACAAAACACUAAGGCAGGGAUGGGAAACAUGUGACUCUCCAAAAGUUGUCAGACUCUCCUAUCAGCCGAAGGCUGAACUGCCAGUGGUCAUACUAGGAGCUGCAGACCAGAAACACAGGUUCCCCACUCUUGCUUGCAACAUUGGUCCAGUGCAGCCUACUGCUUUGACAGUCCAAGACCAAUUUUGUGCCAGUUUCCAUAUCAAAACUGUCCUUGGGAGGUGAAUGGGUGCCAAAAGCUAUGUCACCUGUAAGUCAACUGUCCUGUAGUUACUGAAUACAAGAGGCGGUGUAGUAUUGGGCUCAGCCAUUGGGCAACUAAACCAGCUGUGUUAGGACAACAGUAAACAAUGGUUUGUGUACCCCCUCUCCUUUGCCUGGACUGGCUGUGAGAAGAUUGUAAACUUUUGCUUUUGUUCUUUACUAACUGAAAUGGAAUGCUUUUUUCCCCAAAACUCUGAGUCGGCUUUGAUUGUUUCAGUAAACCAUAGGCUAACCAAAACUUAGGGUACUGUCAGGGAACUGCCAUCGGAGCUAGAGGCGGAGGGAAGGCUCCAGAGGGAUGGCGGAGAGGGUCCCAGUAGGGAGAGAGGCAGCCCGUCCGCUGGGGAAGGAAAUCAGCGUAACACCAGUAGAGAAGGGGGGCAGAUGGGGGAAUUGGAGAGGAGGCUCCAAGACUCCUCGCUGGAGACCAGCGGAGAGAAUACGGGUCCUCCGCUGCCCACACCCUCCCUGCGCAGAAGGCUUCCGCGCAGGGAGUCUAGGCGGAGACUAGGCGUCAAGGAACUUUUGUGCUGGAAGAAGUUUAAGAAACGCCCACUGACGGAUUCUGCCAGUGACUGAGACAGUCACGAUGCUGGAGGCUGUUCAGUCAGAAAGGGUUUAACCAGGUAACCUCGCCAGGAGUGGCGCCAACUUACGCACAAGCAACCCCUAAAUCCAUUACAGGUACGGACACCAAAAUUCAGUUAAUUAAAAAUGGAAGUGGAAGCUUGAGGUCUUCUCGCUGCCAUACCAGAGAAGGGGGUUGGGGAUACACAGCCCAUAAGCUAAUGCGUGAUGUAACCCUAAAGCAUGGUUUUCUUUCUGGCCAAGUCAAGCCAUUGCCUCUCAACAUACACCUUGCGGGGUUGAGGCCAAAAUUCUGCUGUAAGUUCCUUGGAGGAAGGAUGAACCAAGUAACACCCAUGGUUUGAUUUUGACUGAUGAAAGGAAAUGAAAGUACCUUAGGGGCAUUCAAAUACUUAUGGGAAAAGCUGAGUCUCAAAGCAUGGGUGGAAUAGGUCUUCUUUUAUCUCUGUGGGACUUAGGCUGAAGACAUAUGUAACAUUUUGAGCAUGAGAGAUCUGGGUACACACAGUCUCCACGCCACAAAACAUUCAUUUCCAGAGCAGAGAAUGCAUAUUCUCAAACCAGUUCCACCAGAUUUAGGUUUGUCGAAAAUAGGCAGCCUUCCUAGCCUUUCUCUAAAAUAUAUCUUCUCAGUUUUUAUAUCUGUGAUUUAAGGGGUGGGAGUGGUAGGAACCAAGCUCAGCAAUAGUUUAGCUACAUCAAGAGGACAAAGAGGUUCUCUUCCAAGUAUUUUGAGAACCAAAUUUUCAAGAGCAGCCUCUCUUAACUCCAAGGCUAUUCACACUGGUAUGGACCUUGAUUUGCAAACAAAGCCCAUCCUGUAAAGGAAUAAUGAUUAUUGCCAUAGCUGGCUCUUGUUUAAAGCUCUAUGGGAAGACGUUCAUGGGGAAAUUUAAACAAAUGCUCUUCAGCUGUGGCAAUAAGGAUUACUCACGGCUUCAGUAAGUGUCAAAACAGAGAUGCCAUUAAUAUUUUCUUUAGCUGGGGAUAAGCAAAUCCAGCUGUCAAAAUUGGUGAGAAGAGCCACCCAAUUAAUAAUUGUUCUGUGCAAAUAGGUAAGACAAAGGGACUAGUGGGAGGUGUGGGCAGACCCACGCCUGCUGAGUGGUAAUCCCUUUUUAGCUUUUGCAGCAGUAAAACAUUUGGAGCCAUCCUAUGGUGAAAUGCCAUUCUUACUCAUGUACAAGGAGCUUCACAUUGAUUUCAUGUGAUUUAACAAGGGGUUAAGGACCCAGCUAUUAGAUGAGCUGCUAGCUGAAUCCUCCCUUAUCCGGUGUACGGACCACAGGAAACUGCCAUAUCCUGAGCUGGGAACAUUCAUAGAAUAGAAUUAUAGAAUUGCAAUUCAGGAAUAUGCAGCUUUCCAAUAUGGGGAUCAAACCUGCAAUCUUGGCAUUAUCACCACCAUGCUCUAACCAGUUGAGCUAUUCAGUUGGCUGGUCCAGUUUGCUAAGUAAUGUCUACACUGAAUGGCAGCCGGCCCGGGAUUUCAGGUCGGAGUCUUUCCCAGUCUGUAUGGGCAGCGAUUGAACCAGAGAGCUUCUGCCCUCAAGGCAAAUGCUCUCCCACUAAACUGUGGCUCUUAGCACAACCUUCGUUUCUUGCCAGUAAGGGUUACUUCAGGGGUAUCCAAUCUGGUGCCACCAAAUGGUUGCAUGAUUCCAACUCUCAUGACCAUAAGGGAAUUCUGGCUGGGGCUGAUAGGAGUUGUAGUCCAGCAAUAUUCAUACUGAGAGUUACUUACAUCUACUUACUUCCACUUUGCAUUACAGUAUCUUAAAAAAGAAAAACACUAUUGACUGUGUGGGGAGGGAAUGGGUGACAAUUCAAGUUUCCCCCCUGACUGCCUGUAUCUGUGUUCAUUUGUCCUGCAUAAUCCUUGCUUUUUAGGGAUUAUGGGGCAGACCCUUUUCUACAUGUGUUGAGCAAUUUCUCUCUUGGGCAGUUAAUGAAUAUUUUCCAAAUGUCGCUCCAGCUCCCACAGUGGUUUAACAUCUGUUUAAAUAUGGUUUGCAGUAUAGUUGUGGCGGCCAUGCACUGUAUUUAUAAAGAGUUUGGUGUUUCCUACCCCCAGCUGCAUUUUCUGUAUGAAUUGCUUUACUGUGCGUGCCGCACAGAUAACACGUAGCCCAAUUCUGCGACAACUUAACCCCGAUGUAGGUCUCCCUGAGUUCUGCAGUGCUGGCUCCUGCUUAAGUGUGUGCAGAACUGCAGUCAAGAAGCAGAUAUUUGUACUGUUGGAGAAACACUGGGCGUCUCCAGCCGGUUGCUAUGUGGCUGGAGGGAGAUAAGUGCAACUGCAAAUUUAGGUGUCACUCCAGCACAGAAAAUACUUAGAAAAAACCAAACAGACUUUUUGCAGUUGGGAAAGUGAUGGGAAAUUGCAUUGAAAAGUGUGGGGUGCACGAAUUAUCAAUAGGGAGAUGUAUUAACACCCCACAAGCAAAUUGGAAUGAAUGCUCAUUGUCAUACAACCACCCCAUAAACAAAUCAGAAGGAAUGCUUAGUACAGACUGCCUAAGCUAUGUGCAAGCAAAUUGGGAUGGUGGCUGAAUAAAUGGGUUAUUUGGAGGAACUCAGUGACUAUGUAAUAAUGGCCGCUGAGCGCUUUCCCAGCGGGUGAUGGUUGUGGCCCCUCGCUCUCGGCCACCAUCCACACUAGCCUGGGCACGUGUGUUUGCUUGCCCCUCAAAGAGAAUUCUCCUCAGCCGGUGGGAUCUUGGGGCCGGUUUUCCCACCCAAAAGCGUUUUUCAAAUGAGCCAAUUUGUGCCCCCCCCCCAGGAGGGCAGUACCUUGCUUUCUGGCCAGCCGUUGGCUGCUGCCUUUGGAGGAGAUCAGUGACAAUGUAAUAAAUACAGUAAGCCCUCAACUUAUGUGCAUUUAACUUGCAUACAUUCAGUUUUACGUGCUUGGCAAAAACAUAAAAAAAUAAAUAAAAAGGAGGUAUGCAUCCUUUGGCAAUCCCACCUGCCAUUGCUCCUAGUGUGUUUUGACUAUAUGUGAUUUUGGCUUCAGGCGGGAUCCCCAGAAUGUAACCCUUGCAUAAGUGGUGGGCUUUCUUUGCUGCAAUAGCCCUGUCAUUAAAUUCAGGGAAGAAACCUAGCCCCAAAGCGUCUCUUAUUUAUAUAGCAACUAGCAGAAACAUAGUACUUGUUGGAUUGGUUUAACAGUUGUUUGUUCUUGGUUUCUUUCUCUCUCUCUUUCCUCCCUCUAGGGUGCAAGCGCUUACAUUCUAAAUUAUUUUCUUUACAUUUUGUGGGCUCUAUUGUUUGCUUUCCUGGCUGUCUCCCUUGUCCGGGUUUUUGCUCCCUACGCCUGCGGCUCUGGAAUUCCAGAGGUAAGGGGUUUUUUUUGCUUUCAUUCUGGAUUGACAGGCAUUUCAAAACGGGGGGUGGGAAUAAUUUCCUAAUUUCCAAUGCUUGAGGGUGGUUUAAAGUGAAGGUUUGAAAAAGACGUAGGGGAAUCUGCUAAAGGAGAUGGAAUCGGGAGUGAAAAUGAAGAAACCUUUUGGUGUUAAAGUAGCAUCUGAUUUGUAUUUUUAGAGACUUAGCUUUCACAAGUCUUAAAAACAACAACACCUCUUCAAAAUUUGCAUCGGCUGCACAAAAUCUAGAGCUGCCAACCACUUUUGUUCUUCCUGUCUUCCAGAUAAAGACCAUCUUGAGUGGUUUCAUUAUAAGGGGCUACCUGGGCAAAUGGACCCUCUUAAUCAAAACAGUAACCUUGGUUCUGGUGGUGUCUUCCGGACUCAGCCUUGGCAAAGAAGGGCCGCUGGUGCAUGUGGCUUGUUGCUGUGGCAACUUUUUCAGCAGCCUCUUCUCCAAGUACAGCAAGAACGAGGGAAAGAGACGAGAGGUAACGUCGGGCUUUGCAAUUUCCUCGCCUCACCUCGUAAACUUAUGUGUAUUUUCCACAGACUCUUUAACUUGCGUGUGUGUCAUUAUUUCCGUGCUUAGGUGCUUUCAGCCGCCGCUGCUGCCGGUGUCUCUGUUGCCUUUGGAGCACCAAUCGGUGGUGUCCUUUUUAGCCUAGAAGAGGUAAGAAGCAACUUGGGCUAUGCAGAAACCCGCAGGUUUCCGGAAGAUUCUAUGCAGGCCACACUCAGGCCACAUCCGUACCAGACCAAAGAAACCUGGGAUCUGUGGCUUGUUAAGGAUGCUGUGAGUUGUAAGGAGGACCUUAUUCUUGCACAGAGCUGCAAUUCUCAUAAUUGCUAGGAAGGGGGAUUGGUUGGUUGUUAAAGUGCUCAGGGAAUUAAUAGCUCUGUGAGGGGACUAGCAUUCUGCUAAAAAACUCUCAGAAACUUGUGAGUAGUGACCCUCCCAGUUUCCUAUUUAGCAGAUGAGUAGGUGCUGUGGUCUAAACUACAGAGCCUAGGGCUUGCCGAUCAGAAGGUCAGCGGUUUGAAUCCCCGCGACGGGGUGAGCUCAAGUAGCUCGGUCCCUGCUCCUGCCAACCUAGCAGUUCGAAAGCACGUCAAAGUGCAAGUAGAUAAAUAGGUACCGCUUUGGUGGGAAGGUAAACGGUGUUUCCAUGCGCUGCUCUGGUUCGCCAGAAGCGGCUUAGUCAUGCUGGCCACAUGACCCGGAAGCUGUACGCCGGCUCCCUCGGCCAAUAAAGCGAGAUGAGUGCCACAACCCCAGAGUCGUCCCCGACUGGACCUAACAGUCAGGGGUCCCUUUACCUAGGCUGCCACUGCUACUCUGGUGCAGCUGCCACUGCCAGUUCCCUUUCCUUUCCCCAGCACCAUCCCAAAGUCUGGGAAAGAGCUGAUUCCCCUCCACAAUGUAUUUGCAUAAAUCUACAUGGAUAUCUCAAAAUUAAUACAGCACAGUUUUUCUUCCCUAUGGCACUCUGUUGUCCUCUCCCAGAGUCUGGGUGGGGGUGGGUGGGAUCUUUUUACAGAUUUGUGUGAUAGAGACAGUGCACCCUUUCCCUCACAAAUCUCAGGGGAAUACAGUUGUACCUUGGAAGUCGAACAGUUUAGUUCCCAAACAUUUUGGCUCCCGAACAUCACAAACCCAGAAGUGACUGUUCCGGUUUACAAACUAUUUUUGGAAGCUGAGCGUCCGACGGGGCUUCCGCGGCUUUCAAUUGGCCGCAGGAGCUUUCUGCAGCCAAUCAGAAGCCACGUUUUGGUUUUGGAAGUUGAACGGACUUCCGGAAUGGAUUCCGUUCGUCUUCCAAGGUACGACUGUACCUUUGAAAGCAAUGGAUAUGGGCAUGUUCUAAAAUGCACUGUAUAACUUAAUGCUGAUUCCCAAUGGGAAACACUCUGGUUGUUAUUGAUUGAUUCUAUUUUCUCUCAGGUGAGUUAUUAUUUUCCGCUGAAGACUCUCUGGAGAUCCUUUUUUGCUGCCCUCGUUGCCGCUUUUACCCUGAGAUCCAUCAAUCCAUUUGGAAACAGCCGCCUGGUUCUGUUUUAUGUGGAGUAUCACACGCCUUGGUACAUGGCCGAACUUUUCCCCUUCAUUCUGCUGGGAGUUUUUGGAGGUUUGUGGGGGACGCUUUUCAUCCGAUGCAACAUUGCCUGGUGCAGGAGACGCAAAACCACCAAGCUUGGAAAGUACCCGGUCUUAGAGGUCAUCGUGGUGACUGCCAUCACUGCCAUCAUUGCUUUCCCCAAUCCGUACACUCGCAGGAGCACCAGCGAGCUCAUCUCAGAACUGUUCAACGACUGCGGCGCUCUGGAGUCCUCGCAGCUCUGCGACUACAUAAAUGACCCCAAUAUGACGAGGCCUGUGGACGAUAUUCCUGACAGACCGGCUGGGAUUGGAGUGUACAUGGCUAUGUGGCAACUCGCCCUGGCUCUGGUUUUUAAAAUCAUCAUCACAAUAUUUACCUUUGGUAUGAAGGUAAGUUGCAGUGUCUGUGUCAAUUUUGUGGCAAUCUGGUCUCCAAUUUUUAUUUUUAUUUUUUAAAGUGGUUUAGAUGUAAUGCCUUAACAGACCAUGGCUUAACUCCCAGAAGUGCAGGAGCGAAGACCCCACAGUUUUGGCAGUGUGCACUAAGAUGCUGCAUGCUCACUUUGAAACCAUUGCUUUCUUUUGCACAGUUCAUUCUAGUUCAGAGAAUAGAGCUUGGAAACCAUUGCAUUCUGGGUAGUCAAAUCAAUUGGAUGUCAAGUGUGAGACGUACUUCCCUCUGGAGGCACAUGGAGUCAUAUAUUCCCCCCUCCCCCCAUCUCUUUUGUGCAUCUCUUAACUGAGGCAAGAGGAUAAACUGUAUAAACCCAAUUCACAAAUAGUGUAACAUGAGCAACUUGGCACCUCCCUAUUUCUUGUGUUGAAGGAAUUUUUGACAUGGCAGCAUUCUGGCAAGGCUCAGCUUCCCCCUUCUCUAGACUCCUUAAGCUUUUCUGAAAUCCCUGGAUUGAAAUAAGAACUUAUGGGCUGCUGACAGGAAGUAAAGUUGUUGCAUUAGCUGACCAAUGUUAAAUGGCAGCCUAAUCAACUUGUCAUGCCAUUGGCAAAAACUACACUGGAAGUAUUUUAAUUUUGUUUUGGACGGUGUCCAAAGGCUGGGGAGAAUGUGCAAUUGGACAGAGUUGUUCCGAAUGCCUAAACUGCUGACAGCACAUGAGGUCCCUUUAUGAUCUGAUUGUGGCAACUUUUUGAUUUGACCGAUUGUGGAUUCAUGUGCCAAGACCUUCCAAUUUGUGUCUGUGUUGUUAAGAGUUCAUUUUGUGUGCAUCCCACGAGCUUGCUUUCAAACAAAACUCACAUAUUAGCUCGGAUAGGUUUGCAGGGCAAGUAUGAGACAUAACUUGAAAAACACACAAAUACCAGUGGCGUGGAAUGGUUGUUUGGCUCAGCAUAGUUGCCUCUCUCUGUUUUUGUUCUGGCCCACCAGACCCAGACCCGAAGUAAGAAUGUUAGCACCCCAGAUCCAAUCUUCACCCUCAAAAACGCUACAUGGGGGAGAAUCUUUUCUGAAGUGCUUUUUCCAUUCUAUACUUUUCUGGUAUAAUUUCAAAAAAUUCAUUCCAUGGCCGUGAACUGGAAAUGGACCUUAUUAAACGAAAACCUGCUAUAUGUUCUCCUCUGCUCGUCUUUUAUUGUUUUCUUUAUUUGUAAAAAUCACCUUUAUUUUAAUACUGAAUUAAGACCUCCUGUUUUUCUGGCUAGGUGUGGUGAGGAAUUUUUACAGAUGAAAACUUCCACGCACAAAAGAUUGGGAAUUCAAUAUGAGCUUAACUGUUGGAAAAGAUAUGCAUGUCAUGUAGCAUGAAAAGGUUAAAUUAGCUUUGGGAACAUAACUUAGAGUGAGCUAGCUAUUUCUAUGUCAGCAAAAGCUUGCAUGCUGUAUACUUGUAUGCUGAACUUAACAUUCAGCAUCAAGAGACACGCAAUGGCUUCUGAGUUUAGAUAUUUUAUGGUUUUAUACUGCUAUGUGGUAUCUUAAUGUAAUGUUGUAUACCAACCUCAGAACCUAUGUAUUAAAGGGUGGGUUAUAAAAUAAUAAUAAUAAUAAUAAUAAUAUAUAAUAUAAAUGCUCUGUUAAUUUGUUGUUAGUCACGUUUAUUAAUAAUGGUAAGGUUGUUAUUGUAUACGAGUGGGCACUGCAACAAAAUGUUGCAGUAUAUCUUCCCUUCUAGAAAGAGAUCCAGCUGCUUGGCCCUUGUUAGUUACUAAGGUGCCUCAUAGCUUAGUCCUUUACUGCUGCUAAUUGAAAUGGUUUCACAUAUUACAAGGAAGCAGAAGAAAGCGAAGUAGAAAUAAAGUUAUAUCCCCUAAUUUUGUAAUUCUGGCAUGGAGAAUAAACUCGCACGAAAUCUGAGUUAAUGAUCUGUGCUUGCUCCAAAUACAGUGGAACCUCGUUUUAUGUACUGUCCUCCUUAUGAAUGCUUCAGCUUACGAGCUCCACUAACCCAGAAGUAGAUGCUCCUGGUUACAAACUUUGCCCCGGGAUGCCAGCGGAAGUUGCACACCGGUGCGCCAUUAGCGAAAGCAUGCCUCAUGUUAAGAACGGUUUCGGGUUACAAACGGACCUCCAUAACUAAUUAAAUUUACCACUGUACAGGGACAUCUUAUUUCAUGGAAAGUGUGCUAGUUCCCACUUUGUACAUUGCAUUUCACUGGAAAUGUGAAAGGAGAAAUCCGAUUCAGAUUUUGUUUCUUCUCCUACCGUGUCCUCAGGAAGACUAACAUUGUCAGCCUAUGCGCUGAAGACAUCUAAGGCUGCAAAUCCUACCUUGCUUACAGGGCAGCAAACCUUGUUGAAUUCAACAGGGCUUGCUUCUCUCAUUUCAUCUCUGUAGUACUAACUGGACUUUAAUAAGAUGGUACUGGGGUUCAGACUUUGAUGCUAAACAAUUUCAUUACACACGCACAAACACUUGCCUUGGCUUGAGAAAUAGCUUUAUUAUGAAAUAUGCAAUGUAUAUCUUGCCAGGAUGGAGUGAGCAAGUGGAGUGACUGAUGUUUUUAUUUCACCUUCUGCCUGCUAUUCUGACUGGUGACUUGAUUGCACACUAGGCAAGGCAAGGCGUAAUUCACAAAGCUCUUGACAAGCAGGGAUGCCGGAAUGAACCGCCUGAUUUCACCUGUGAAAAGCCAGGCUCCUUGUUAAACAUUUUUAUGCUGCGUUUGACAUGUAAUUCAAAUCCAAUCUAAAUUAUACAGAAAAGGGCAGUAAUAAAGUUGUAAAGUAUGCCAAAAUGACAGGGGCUCAUUUUCAGAUGUUUUAAACAGAUAUAAUUCUUUUCUUGCUCACCAUGCCUGAAUCGUUAUCAGAUUCUGACAAGAAAGAGGAGGAGGCGGCGGGAAAGGCAUGCAUGUUUUGAGCUGUAUGAAAAAAAGAAAAGAAAAUGUAAAAUAGCUAAACUUGGAAUAAAUUUAUAAAUGAAAUUAGGCAAAGCUGAAAUGCUUUUACGACAAUCUUAGGCACUACUCUCGAAGUUGGAUACAUCCAGUCAUAUAUGGGUAUCAUAAAAGACUAAGAAAGAAAAAGCUUAAAACCCAAGGGCUGUGAUAAUAAUAAUUUUUAUUAUUUAAACCCUGCCCAUCUGGCUGGGUUUCCCCAACCACUCUGGACAGAUUACAGCAUAUCUAAAGACAUAAUAAAAACAUCAAGCAUUAAAAACCUCCCGGUACAGGGCUGCCUUCAGAUGUCUUCUAAAAGUUGUAUAAUUCUUUAUCUCCUUGACAUCUGAAGGGAGGGCGUUCCACAAGGAAGGCGCCCCUACCUGUGGCCCUCUCAGUGCUGUUGAGCUCUGACAAAAUUAAGAUCUGUAUGUAUCAUUUAUGUCAGAGGGAGCUGGUAAAGUAUGGCUGAUUUCCCUUGACAUUCUGGUAACAUUGCCUUGUCGAUGUGACCCUACCUUGUGGCUGGAUUUAUAUUUUGCCACAUGUAAAGAAGUAGGCUCUAGUUUUGAAAGCUUACAUUCAACCCGUCUGCUUAGGUAUCCUUUUUAAGUGUGGUAUAUAACAAACUUAACAGGUUUAAUCCACAGAAAGAUUGUGGAUUAAAAUUUGGAAUGAGAUGUGUUCGCAAGUUAUGUAUUACUUUAAAAUCGUCUUCAUUAUAUGUAGUCAAGCUGACCUUUUGAGAAUCUGACUUUUCACUUCUGCUUAUGUUAUUUGAGAUCCCUUCAGGACUCUUCAUACCUAGUAUGGCUGUGGGAGCUAUCGCUGGAAGAAUAGUUGGCAUCGGAGUGGAGCAGUUGGCCUACCAUCACCAUGACUGGAUCAUCUUCCGGAACUGGUGCAGGCCAGGAGCUGACUGUGUUACCCCAGGACUUUACGCCAUGGUGGGAGCUGCAGCUUGUUUAGGUACAAUAUGUGACUUUUCUCUUGGUUGUAUGUAAUGUGGUAUUUAAAUAGGGACACGGAUGGCACUCUGGUCUAAACCGCCGAGCUUCUUGGGCUUGCCGAUCAGAAGGUUGGUGGUUCGAAUCCCCACAAUGGAGAUUCAUUGCUGGGACCUUUUUUUAAGUUUUAAGAAAUACAUUCAUGGAUGUAUUUACUGAUGUAAUGCUACUUUAUAGAAAAUAGUUUUAACCUCUCUCAUGCCUGGUUGUGUUUUUUUUUUAAAUAAACUUUAUAUUAAAAAAAUCAAUGGUGCUUCUGAUUUAGGAUUCGUAGGUUAUACUGAUAUACUGCUAAAGGUACCCAUGUAUGUUGCAAAUUGUUUUCAUUACCAAAGGUCCUCUCUCUCUCUUUCGACAGGCGGAGUCACCAGAAUGACAGUCUCUCUUGUUGUGAUCAUGUUUGAGUUAACAGGAGGAUUGGAGUACAUAGUACCCUUGAUGGCUGCAGCUGUCACUAGCAAAUGGGUAGCUGAUGCCUUUGGCAAAGAAGGGAUCUACGAGGCACACAUACAUUUGAACGGCUAUCCGUUUCUGGAUGUGAAGGAUGAGUUCACCCACAGAACACUGGCCACUGAUGUCAUGAGACCUAGGCGCGGAGAGCCGCCUCUCUCCGUCCUGACCCAAGACAGCAUGACGGUGGAAGAUGUGGAGACUUUAAUCAAGGAGACAGACUACAACGGCUUUCCAGUGGUGGUUUCUAAAGACUCUGAACGCCUUAUAGGCUUUGCACAGAGGCGGGAGUUGAUUCUUGCCAUAAGUAAGUAACGAGUCUGUAUCAUCCAGAGACAUGCUUACUGCUAUAGAUGACAUAGAAGAAGAACAGAGGAGAGGAGUAAGAGAGCUGUGUAGGGAUGAGGUAUCAGGUCUCAAAAGACCUAAGCUUGGCAUGUCAUCUCGGUGAUUCACUAGGUAGGGAGAGUGUGGAGGCCGCUGUUUCUUGGCCCUGCUGCCUUCACCUCUUGCAGAGCAGGCUCCGUACCAAUGUGUGGAAAGUGAUGGAGGCAACAGAGCCAGUGAGAGCAUUCCUGCUCCACCAUCAUUCCACUGGAAUCAUGUACGGGUUGAAUGCCUGAGUAGGACUUAUGCCUCCUUUUGAAGCUCUGCUUUAAAGAGUAUAGUUGGGGUUGUAUCCAAUGCAGCGGCAAAUGUGUUCUGCAGGAGAAUGCAUAAUCAAGUUGCUUUUAAUGCCAUUGUGCAGUAAAUUGCGCAAUCUCUUUCACGAUGAGUUUCUGCUAGGACAACUGUUGCGUUGGAUUCCUCAUUCCGCAACUCAUUCAUCGGCUAGCACAAGAGUCAUUGUGCUAGUGGACAGAGGAUGUUGGGUACAACCUAUCGAUUCCUUCAGGAUUAGCAUCAUAGCAUAGUUUCCCCUCUGUUAUUACUUCUGUACUUUGCCAGUCUGGGGUCCUUCCAAUGUUGUGAACUGCAACUCGCAUCAGAAAAGAUUGGCAAAAGCAGCGUUACAGGAAUAUACUGUUUGAAGAGAGGAACCCUCAGUUUAUAUAUGCUUCAUUUCUCUCUUUCACUCUUCAGGCCCAUACCUUAUCCAAGUUUUAAGUCUGAUAAACUGGUUUUGACAAGAUUACAUUUGAGUUUUGGGAAAUGUAUGUGCGGGGGGGGGGGGGGGAGGACUGGUGUAGGUGACAGGAAGCACAUUGCAAUUUAAAUAAAGGGCACAUACGAAGGGUAUCAUACGAAGACAGUACAAAAGUUAAUGUUUAUGUGAACUGCAAUAAAUUGGAAGGUGAUAAAGCUUUGGAUUUGGCAGUUUUAAGCCCACUGAUGCUACAGGAGGCAAACGGCAUUUCCAUGCAUCACGGUGUCCCGUUGCACCAGAAACGGUUUAGUCCUGCUGCCACAUGACCCGGAAACCUGUCUGUGGACAAACGCCGGCUCACUUGGCCUGAAAGUGAUGAGCGCUGUACCCCAUAGUCGCCUUGGACUGUACUUAACUUUCCAGGGGUCCUUUAACAGAAUACAGCUGGAUUGCAAUGGAAAACCUGUGUUUCUGGAGUUUAAAAGUUAGAGUCAUAUUUGUGUUCCAUGAUUGAUGGAAAAGAAGUGUGUAUAGAUACAAACACACACUUGUAAUAAAGGCCCCUUCUUAAGAUCAGCCGCAACUCAAAUCAAUCAAGAGGAAAAAUUGUUGGCUAUAGUUAGGAUUUGUGUUUGAACACAGGAUAUUUUUAGAUGGCUUUCCGUGUCCUUGAGCUUUCAGCAUGCACACAGGAAAUAGAAGGGAAAGGAGAGAGAGAGGGUAAAGGGCCUUAGCCUAUCUCAGUGCAUCCUUCCGCAAUAAUUGUUCAGAGGAUUUCUAUGCAAACAUUAGAGUGGGAAGGAUAUAGUAGUAGCCAUUAUUAGAAUAUAUAGUAUAUAAUAUAUACUGCAAUAUAGGUACUUAGGGAUGCCAUUUGUUUAAGACUGUGGUGUCCAAACUUUUUUCAAAGAGGGCUUCAUUUGAUGAAGUGCAGGGCCAUGAGGCCGACCAAAGUCGUUGACCUUUUUAGGAUUGAAGUUGUUGAGUUUGUUUUAUGAUUUUACCUACCCCAGAUUAAAAUGACAGGUGGGUGGGAUUAGGCCCCAAAUCGGACUUUGGACAUGUCUGGUUUAAGAGAACUAUUUUUGAAAGUCAAAUAAGGACUGUUGCCACAAUGUAGGCCAUUAAACUAACUCAGGAACACCUAAGUAAUCACUUUAGGUCCUGUACACUUUUCAAAAAUUGUUAUGAAGGAGUCAUGAUUUAAAUAGACCCAACCUCCAUGCAUUCUGAUUCCUCCCUGUCGCCUUACUUCCUUGUUCAGGUAAACUUUAGAUUGCUCUUUUACCUAAAUUGGGGGAUAUAGUUUGGCUCUAAACUAGAAUAGGAAGCCAUAGUUUGAAAUGGGUUUUCAGUUCUGUUUUAGAACUACCAUUUGCUCAGUUUGAACAUCAUGGCAAACAAUGGUUUGCCCAAACCAGGAAGUGAGAAUGGAUGUUGCAUUCAUUUUAAGUGUAUUUUCCCUUAUCUAUCUGUUAAUGUAGAAAAUGCAAGGCAGCGGCAGGAUGGUGUAGUCAGCAAUUCCAUUAUCUAUUUCACUGAAGAGCCUCCGGAAGUCCCGGCAAACAGCCCUCACCCCCUGAAGCUCCGGCGUAUUCUCAAUCUGAGCCCCUUUACUGUCACAGACCACACGCCCAUGGAAACAGUGGUAGACAUUUUCCGGAAGCUUGGACUCAGGCAGUGUCUUGUCACACGCAGUGGGUAAGUGGCUGGAUAUAUGUAACUGAGCAGGCAAAAAAGGGUCUGUAGCUAAGAUGCUGGCAUAAUAAGUCGGAGCUAUUUUGCCCUGCUCAUUGGAUACGUUAGAUUUUCGUAGGCUGUCCACAUAAAUAUAAUGUAGUAGAGAACCACUUCAGACAACCUAGCUUGAUUCAGACUAUUUAUGACUAGAAAAUUAUUGUUUGUUUCUGAAAAGUAAUGGAUGGCCUGGGUGAGUCUUCAGGCUAGGAAGCUGAAGGAAAAUCAGGAGCAACUGUCUGAAACAAAUGUCACUUGUUUCCAAACCUACUUCUAGAAACAAAGGUUGGGGAUAUGGAGGGAUGCAGAGGUGAAUACAUUUAUUUGGGAAUGAAAACAAGAACAACCUGUGACCUGCUAUAAUUGUAAUACAAUGAUACUUUGUAAAAAAUAAUAAUUAUGGAACAGUUAAUUAAUCCAUAUGGAAGGUGAACAUGAUGACGACGAUGAUGAUGUUGAUAAAUUACUUAUACCCCACCCAUCUGGCUGGUCCUCCCCAGCCACUCUGGAUGAAUCCCAACAGAAUAUUAAAAACACAAUAAAACAUCAAACAUUAAAAAUUUCCCUAAACAGGUCUGCCCUCAGAUGUCUUCUUAAAGUCAGAUAGUUGUUUAUUGCCUUGACAUCUGCUGGGAGGGCGUUCCACAGGGCAGGCGCCACUACCGAGAAGGCCCUCUGCCUGGUUCCCUGUAACCUCACUUCUCGCAGGGAGGGAACUGACAGAAGGCCUUCGAAGCUGGACCUCAGUGUCCAGGCUGAACAAUGGGGGUGGAGACACUCCUUCAGGUACAGUAUACUGGGCCGAGGCCGUUUAGGGCUUUAAAGGUCAGCACCAACACUUUGAAUUGUGCUCAGAAACAUAUUGGGAGCCAGUGGUGUUAGAACCAGAUUCAGAGUGCAAGAGACCUUUCAGUCUGUAAUAUUUUCAGCAUCGGCAGCCCUUGUGAGAUAGAGAAAUGGGUGGACAGCCCAGCUUCUGCACCACAGACUUCUGAUACCAUGUGAACUGGGACUCCUGUGCCAGUUCAGCUUCCAUUUUUCUUUAUUUGAGUGAGAUAAAACACUUUAAGGGGGGGCCUCCUAAAUGAACAGGUAUUAGCAUGGAGGUUUCCACUUGCAUGUUCUUGGUAGCUAGAACAGGCAAGGGCAGGUGCUGGUAAUGUACAAAUUUGGGCCUGACAGGUUACCAAAGAUUCUUUAUCACUAGUUCCCUUUGAAAAUAUUUUUCCUUUAAGCUCAUAGUCGUGCACCCCUCUCUCCUGAUGAGAGCAGCAUUCAUAAUGCAUGUAAUUAAACUGUGGCUACAGACAGCAUGACUGCCAAAUAUUUUGCUGCUGGGGAGGAGUGCCAGCAGAAUGUCAUUGUUAGCAAAUGUUUUGCUUGUGUGUUGAGCUUCUAGCUAGAUUUAACUGCGCCUAAAGUGCUUAUGAAAAUCCUGAACUGAAUGACAAAUGAAGGGAAUUAAGCAGCGGAGGUUUGUUUUUCCACGAACGGAAAGUGCACAUGACUUGGGAGCCUACAGGAAGGUGAGGAAUUAAAAAUAAGAGACAGAAGCUAACUCGAGUGAAACCGUGACCUUGCGAGGAAUGCAGAGUAUGUCCCUCAGAAGCUCAAAUUGGAUUCUAAACAGUCUGAAGUCACGACACAGGCCAAGCUUCAGUGGUGGAACAACUGAUGUACCUGGCUAUAAAGAACGUUUUCAAGGUUGGGUGCUUUGAGUGCUCAUUUCACAGUUGAAGUAGAAGGCAAGGUGGUAUUGAAGAGUGACUUCUAAACCCAACAGCUCAUACUUUUCUGAUACAGUGGAAACUCUCUGGUUCUUGAGGAAUUCACUGGAUUUUUGCCUUAAAACUGCCAGUGUGUCAACUUCACUUACUAAGAACCAAACUCUUGUCUGCUUUCCAGGCAGGUGGGGAAGUCAAAUACUCUCAAAAUUUAAAACGCACCCACCCACCCCAAAAAACUGCAGUUCCCAGGAUCCUUUGGGGAAAAUUCCCCGUGCUAAAUUGCUAUAAAUGUUCUUUAAAUAUAUGGUGCACAUAUGACCAAAUGCGUCAGUAAAUUCAGAGAGCUGUUAUUGCCAUAUCCUGUUAAAUAAGGUACUGUAAUUUUUUUGAGAGCCAUUUCCCAGAUACUGUGUAUGAAAGCUGAUCGUUGUAUCAAAGUCGCAGUAUUGGUGGGAGAUAUUUCUUAUUACAUUUUCCCCAUCUUCUUGAAUAGAAAGUUAGAAAUCUUUAACUUUCCUUUGUUGAUUAUUGGUAGGUUGUCUAAAAAUUGACAAUUUGGUCUACGUUCGAAAUUUGGCAGUUAACGUACAAGGAAAUACUAUUUCCAGCAGUAAACUGUUUAUAAAUCAGCAUUGAUUUAAAAUAUUUUUCCUGCUGGAGUAAGUUUCUGAAUGAUUCUAUGGAAUGAUUCUGCUGUUUUGUUAUUGCCUACAAGCUAUUGUGCUGUUUACAUUUCUGCAACUGACAUGGCAGCCUACAGCUGAAACAUGAAUACACUCGUAUGUGGUUGUGUACGAACAGUGAAAUGGAAUAAUCCUUGAGAGAUUGCAUCAGUUUUUUUCAGGGGGUUGUGGGGGAUAAAAUCCAGUUGCCUUCAAGAAAUCUUUCAUUUAAGAUGCCCAUCGAUAGUUGGUUCAGGUCACAGUUUAAAGGCCUCAGGCUGCAAGUCAUUUGAGAUUCUUGUAUGCAUCCAUCUCCUUGUGGUCUGGCUUGAGCUGAGCUCAGCUUGCUGUGGCCUACAGGCCAGAAACUAUUCCAGAAAGAGGUUUGAGAGAUGAUGUCAAGUAGCAUAAGUUCUUACUUGCCCAAGGAUGAGCCUUACCUAGCAUAUAUUCAGGAAUGCAGCUAGAGGAACUACGACAGAUUUAUCAUUUUGCCAAAUGUGGUGGUGGGAAAAACCCAGAGUAAAAGCAUGGUUAUGUGUAUUGUAUUGUAUUGUAUUGUAUUGUAUUGUAUUGUGAGUUUUCUUCAACAACCUGUGUAUUCGUUAGCGGGAAUCAAAAAAUUUUAAUAUUCCAAUUUUCUGGUUUUUAAAAAUUGCUCUGUUUCUUUGUAGUGAAGUUCUGCCUGCAGCAGAAUGUGAGAAGCAGAUGAGACAGACUCAUGAUUAAUGACCUUUUCUGUUUCUUUCCUUCUCUUCUUCUCUAGGAGGCUUCUGGGCAUCAUAACAAAAAAGGACGUGUUAAGGCAUAUGGCUCAAAUGGCUAAUCAGGACCCUGAAUCCAUCAUGUUUAACUAGGCUGAUCCCAGAGGACAGGCUUUCAAGGGAACUUUACUGGACUAAUAGAUGUGGAUUUUGUACAGUACUUCAUUUUUGUUUUGUUUCGUUUUGUUGAAAUGAGAUUUAAAUAAGAUGGAAUCAUAUCCAGGGCAGAACCAAAGGAAAAUGCUGACGGGGGGAGCGAAUGCAACGUUAGAGUUUGGAAAUGCUAUGCACCUGCAGAUGGGCUUGGGCUAAAUGCUACUCUUGUCAUGGGAACGUUUAUUCCCAUGGUGAGUUUCCAAUUCUUCCCUUCCAUGGUAGUUUCCUCAGGAGCCAUCAUCACCUAGUUGUUUUCCCUGUCCCCUUUGCACGUUAAUUUUGAUAGGGGGGAGAGAAACUGUACUAUGUGAUCAGCCUUGAGUCAAAAUGUGAGUGCUGUGAUAUAGUUUGUGGGAGGGAAGUGUGGGGAGGAAGUCACCAAGAGGUUUGAUCCUACAGAAUUACAUAUAAGUAGCAACCAAGGUACUUAUAACUGCUUGGUUGGUGCAUGCAUAGGUGUGAAAUGGUUUGUGUUGACAAGGAAUGGGAAGCAUGGAGGAAUGCCACCAACUCGAUAGGGUGAUGUAGAAAAAUAGCAAGCAUAUUUAUAAAUACAGUAUUAAGACAAAUGCAAAAACGUUGUGUUCAAAACAACUGUGUGCUAGACAUGUUUUUCUCUCCUAAGUUUAGCACUUAUUUGUUAAUGGAUUAUGGAUUUUCAGGAAAUGUAUAAUUUUAUGAAGAAAUGUAUUGCUUUUGCCUAUUUUUGUAGAUAGACAAAGUAGAUUUAAAGCUGUGCUUCAGUUGACUUUCAACAUUGUAAAACUGGCUUCGUUUACUAAGUUUUAUCCAACCUAAAUUCUCACGUUCAUUUUUGAGGUGAUGAAAUUGCCAUGAUGUGACUUCUGACUGUCAUUUUUACAUGGUGAAUAUUUCUUCUCAUUGGCUGCAUUUGCAUGUAAUGCUAAACUUUGGUUUAACACUGCAUGCGCAGGCUGGAAUGAGCAAGAAUACGACUUGGGUGAUGCUUCUCCUCUUACAGAAUCCCAGUUUGCAUGAAUCAUGAUCAUGAUUUACAAGUAACUUUGGUCAGUUUUAAAGCAACAUGGCUUUUACAUUAACCAGAAGUUGCUUUUGAAAAAAACAAACCAUGACCUCUGAUUCAUAUGCAAUUGCAAGCAAGGACUCUUAUGUAAGCAGAACUAAACACUGCCCAAGCCCUCAUCUUGGCUAUGCAGGAGGAAGAGAGGAUAGUGCAUGAGUUUAUUUAUGUAAUGCUAAACCAUGCAAACUGGGCCACUGUUUCCACAGUGGUAAAAUCUGCAAUUGACUACAUCCUGGAGAUUUUAUCACAGUUUUUUCAGGCUCAUGUAAAAGUUGAACCAUAGCCACAUCACUCGGUCAUGAAAGAUAAUUGGAAAUGAGCUUCAGUAUUUUUAUCAAUAGGAUUUUUUUUAUCCUUCCUAAUGCACAGCAAAGUUGUUAAUAUUUAUUACUUCUCUAUGCAAAUAUUGCGUCAUUUUUGGGUUUAUGCCACAGUAAUUUUUUGCAGUGUAAAAUACUUUGUAAACCAUCUUUUCUGUAUAAUGAAUGCACUUCUGUACCAGUUCUAGCUAAUUUCUUUUUCCUCCAGUUGGAAGUUCUUUUCGCAGACUUGAAGGUUCUGACACCUGUGAUGUUUGUUACAGCAAAGAUAAUCUCUGCAUCUUCUUGGGCACAAGAGUCAUAUGAAAAGUUUUAUCUCUUUAAAGAAAGGUAGAAAAAUGUUUUGUGAUAUUCAGUUCUUGUUUUAUUAUGGCUUCUUUGGCUGAUAUUGUUUACUACUGGAACAGAGGUAGAAAAAUGGUGCCUUUCAGAUGUUGCUGGAUUACAGCUCCCAUCAGCUGCAGCCAGCAUAGCCAGUGGUCAGGGAUGAUGGGAGUUGUAGUCUAUGACACCAGGAGAUCACCAUGUUGGAUAGCCUUGUACUAGAAGAAUGUGAGACACUAAAAAUGUCUCUCAGAACUCCACAAACUUGGGGAAGUAGAGACACUACAGGACAGCUUUGCAAAUUGGUAAAUGUCGACUCCUUGGCCUGUAAUUCCAUCAACAUAAAUGAGUACUUUGGUUUCAGUUGUUUGUGGAUGGUUGAACAAUGCAUUUAUAUGGCAUCUACUGCAUUUGUGGGUAUGCUGUAGGCUAUGCCUAACAAUUACCUUACUGCAACGUUCAUGGCCUGGAGAUUAAAUUGAUUAUAAUAGCAUGGAGGUGGCAUUUAAGAAACAUCAGUGCAUGGCAGUCACGAGAACCAUGCUCUAGAAGUAUGAAACAAGACUUGGGCCAAAGUGGUCAGUCCAUAGUUUUUCAUCAGCCUGGGAGUGGGGUGGUACAAAAAUGGCACCCAAAGAUAGUAAUAAAUUUCCCAAGUGAGACACAUCAUUAUGGGGGUUGGGGGGAUGCCUAACUCCUCUGAAAAUUAUCCCUUUCCACAACAGACAAAUGGACCUGCAAAUGUGGGUUGAGGGAAUGUGACCUAGCUAUCUACAUAUUUUAAUGCGACUGCCUGGGCAAGCCACAAUGCAACCAUUUAAAAACUGAAGUCCAAGCCUUUAUUAGGUAGCCAGGUUAGCCAUGGGCCAUAAAUUGUAGAAAAACACACACACUCCAAGUUAAGUUUUCCAAAAGCCAAACCAAUCGUUCUGAACAGCGCAUGGAACCAAAUACGGAUAAUUAAAUAAUAUCAUAUUGUGGAACAGCCCCAGACAUUAAGUAUAGGAAGAGGAAAUCUGAUGCUCAGGUCGAUCUGAUAAGCACAUUGUUUCAAAGUAUAGCUUGCAAGAGUGAGGUAUGAUAUAAUAGUCAAGGCAGUGGCGAUGAUGUGGGUCGCUUGAAAAAUCUCAGUUUUCUAGCUCACAAUUAAAUUACUACAAGCACCAUAACACUAUUUAUUUGCGUAUUAAGGGUGUGCAUGGGCCACAAGAUUCAGUUUUUCUCUGUAAUUUUGGGAGGCAUCUUGACCUAUUUCAGAGCAGCUCUUUGUCAUUCAGUUUGAUAAUUCACUGUGAUUAAAUCCUAGAAGGUACCUUCUGUCACCCACUCCCCAUUCAAGCUCAAAAUGUUUCCCUAGUCAGUUUGAUUCCACAUAGAAUAAAAUAAAAAAAUAAAAUACAGCGGUUGUUUUACAAAUGCAGCUUUUUGUGGGGCAUCCAAAUCAACAGAGCAGCUCUGGACUUUAGGGAGCCCAACUAAAUAAAUGCCCAUUCUCGGAACAUAGUUUUGCAUUUCUGAAUUCCAAACACAGGAGAAAAGGACUCACUGAAAUAUCUAUUUGCUAGUUUACAUGUGCAGGUAAAACUUGCAUGUACUUGCAAGAGGUCCACACAGGAAUUUGGUACGUACUUAUUAACAAAGAGGUGUACAUUUUUAUGUAGAUACAUUUUACAUCUCUUGGUUAAUAUAUACUAACUGUUGAAAUUGCCUCAUGUUAUACCAGGUGUGCAUAAAUAUUUCAUUUCAUUUAUGGGUUGCUCUUUUAAAAAUAAAAUAAUAAAGUGGCUUGCACAAAAUUACUAAUAGCAAUAAAAUGCAGCAUCUUAAAAAGGGAACACAAAUUAAUGCCACUUUAUUUUGAAAUGCUUGAAUUUUUACUACUCAGCAACUAAAUUUUGAAUAGAGAGGCAAAUGAUCUACUUCCUCUUUGACUUUAUCUGUAAUUUUUGGUCUGGCUAUUGAGAACUAUUUAUCCUCUGUACAGGUCUCCUUUCCUUGAAAUAUAGGGAGGAAAAUAAAUUUUAAUUCGGGAUGUACGUGUAAUCUACUUUAUACGUUGGGGAGUAAGAAAAUAAAUUGUGUCUAGAAGCAAAUAACAUUUUCCAUCUUUAAGCACAAAGAACAUCCCUUUUUUGCAGAUGCUGAGACCUUAUUUUUAAAAAUCUGCAUCCACCAAGUGAAAUUAAUAUUUGUAAGUAUUUUAAAUUUGCCUUUUUUCCUUUCGCUUAUGCCAUUCAUAAUAGUAUGACAUUUUCAAGUCUGAAUUUUCUUAUCUUCAGAAGUUGAAUAUAAAUACCAGAGAUUUUUUGGCUUUUUUGACACUGAGAAAUGUCAAAUAUGAUUUGUAAAUGGACAACUGUUAAAUACGAAUUACCAUUGAACAUUAUCUCAUAGUUAACCCUGUAAGAUUAAAAAUGCUGCUGCAUUCAAAGGCUGUCAAAUGUUAAAUAUGAUUGCAGCCAUCAAGUGGUUUUCAAUCCUGUUUUGAAGGUAAGGAAGGGAAUAAGGGGAACCUGAAGAUCAAUAAUAACAGACAGGCUCUCCUGGUAGAUAGCUGGCCAGCCACUGCUCAUCUUUUACGAAUUGCACACUACAAAGGAUUGUUGGGGGCUGAUGAAUUCCAGAAUCCCUUAAAUCUGGCCUAGACGCUUUUGUAAUGUACCAAAGUUGUGUGGCAGAUAUGCAAUGCGUUUUUGUCAGACAGGACAAGGUAGAAAAUGUUCCCUGAGAAUCUGAAAACCACAGUUCUAUAUUAUCACAUGUCAGAUAACAGUACAUUAAGAUCCUUGGUAUCUGUGCGCAUCAAUUGCCAAGCAUUGUCAAAUACUAAUUCUGUCAUUGGAUACAGAAAUCAAACAUGUUUGCUUGACAUAGCGCCACUAUGAAGUUUUCUGCCCACGAAUCUUAUUUUUUUUGGGGGGGGGGGGGAUUCACAGUGGAGAGUUAUGCGGAGAAAAAUCCAGUUGAAAUUAAUCUAUCAGUUGAUAAUACAGUGGUGCCUCGCAAGACGAAAAGAAUCCGUUCCGCGAGUCUCUUCGUCUUGCGGGUUUUUUCGUCUUGCGAAGCAAGCCCAUUAGCGGUUUAGCGGAUUAGCGCUACAGUAUUAGCGGCUUAGCGGGCUUAGCGGAUCAGCUGAUAAGCGGCUUAGCGAUCAGCUGUUAAGCGGCUUAAGGAUCAGCUGAUAAGCGGCUUAACGAUCAGCUGAUAAGCGGCUUAGCAAUCAGCUGUUAAGCGGCUUAGCCGAUCAGUUGAUAAGCGGUUUAGCGGCUUGGGAAAAAGGGGGGGGGAAGGAAAAAAAACCCCCGCAGGAACUCGCAAGACACUUUCUUCUUGCGAAGCAAGCACAUAGGAAAUUCGUUUUGCGAAGCACCUCCAAAACGGAAAACCCUUUCGUCUAGCGGGUUUUCCAUCUUGCGAGGCAUUCGUCUUGCGGGGCACCACUGUAUGUGUCUAAUCAAAUUACCCAGAGACAGAUGAAAGCAUUAAAAAAAAUAAAAAUCCAGCCUCUUAACAAUCCAGAGCCUUGUGUGUCAAAGGACUUAUUAUUUGGGGAAUUCCCCCACCUGGUCACAGGCCAAGAAUGGAAGUCUGUAAUGACAUGUGACUGGCCUGUGCUCUCACUGCCCUUAUUUUUGCAUGCAGAUAAAAGUGAUUUAAAGAUUGUCAACAUUAGCCAUGUUGGUCAAUGAAUAUUUGCUAGCUAAGCAAAUAUUUCCACAAUUAUCAGCUAGUGUUAUUUUUCUGUCUGUAUAUUAUUGCACAGCAGAGCUCAAUAAUUACUGGAAGGACUCAAUAAUAUAUUGAUCCAACUCCCUUGGUAUUUAAUUGAUUCUGAGGAUCAAAAAUUGUGUUGUCACUGAGCACGGUUGACUUAAGCCUGAGAUUGAUCAGGAAAAGUGUAUUUAAUUUAUGCCAAUGCAGUACAUUACAUGAUUUUUAAUACAUGAAAAUGAGAUUAUGUCAGAUCAAACGGGUGAAUAAACAUUUGAUAAUGAUUGAUGAAUGGUUGGUACGCAGUUUUGUGCUAUGCAUGUUUUGGAUGUACCUAACUGAUAAAGCAUAAGAUUUUACUUUCCCAUGAAGUGACAAAAAACAUAGGAAUAAAUAAUGUAUUACACAAAUUUAUUUAUUAGAAUAACAGCAUAAUAAAAGUAAUAUUUUUAAUAGAAGAAAUUGUGAAAAUCAGCAUGAAAAGAAAUCCUGCCUCAGUCUGGCUUUGUGGUCAAAUGUACCCCAAGAGAUAUUAAGCAUCACACC